AUGAUCGAAAUUCGACGUCUUGGCACAGUGCUGCUCGGUAUCGCGAUCGGGCUUGUUGCUUUUGGAGUUGCAACCUCAUAUUGGAGAUGUGGGAACCUGUUUGAGAGUUGUCAACGCCACGGACAGCGCGAUUUGAUCAUUGCUGUUUUAGCCCUCCUGCUUGCUGGUGUGGUCUGCCUAUCGAUUGUAUUCCUUUUAGAUUUGAUUGGAUGUUGCUCCGAUGGCGUCGUCGUCAGCGCCGGGUACCUAACAGCUCGAUUUAUCCUACUCUACUUGGGCACGGUAUGCCUAUGGAUAGGCAUCCUGAUCUACAAUGGCAAGUUCAGCGCGGAGUGGUCCAAUUUCGUCACAGUGAUCGGCUGUGUAUUUGCACUGCAAGUUGCCCUGUUGGCUCUGAUCAGCUCGCGUUGUGUGACCGGCACGCGAGUCAUUGUGCGAUCGGCU